CUCUUUACCCCAGUGUAGUCAAUAAUAUUAAGGGUAAGCCGUUGAACUGGUGUGUUGUGUAGGCUACCGGAAAUAAACUGAAGUUCAGUAGAAAAAUAAUUACUGGAACAAAACUAGGAUUGAGUUGUCUGUGAAGACUGUUUAUGCAUGCGGAAAUAUUGGAAUAUAAUUUUUCGAAUUAAACGAAAAUAAUUUCGAUUGACCGAAAGGGCUUCUUAAGGAGAAAACAGGCGCUGGACGUUUUUCUUCGACCAUGUCUGGACCACGGGGGAUGGAUGAGACUCCUUUUGGUUUCUUGGACCAUGAGAUAAUGUCAGGCAUACUGUAUGACAUGGACCCUGCUACUGUGAAGACCGAGCCUUACCUGGAGACAGAACAUGGGCCCUACAUUCAGAUCAUUGAGGAACCAAAACAGAGAGGCUUCCGUUUUCGAUACAAGUGUGAAGGCCCCUCCCAUGGAGGCCUGCCUGGAGCCUCCAGCGAAAAGAAUAAGAAGACGUACCCCACCGUAAAGGUGUAUAACCAUGUGGGCCACGCCCGGAUAGAGGUACAGCUGGUGACCCACACAGACCCCCCGCGUGUCCACGCGCACAGCCUGGUGGGCAAGAACUGUGACGACAGCGGUACCUGCAGCGUCAUAGUGGGACCCAAGGACCUCACUGCACAGUUCAACAACCUGAGUAUUCUCCAUGUCACCAAGAAAGGGGUGGUGGAGGUUCUGACGGAGAGACUGAGGAAGGAGAGGAUGAGGAAGAAAUGUGGCAGCGGCCAGCUCACUAGUGCAGAGGAGAGGGAGGUGUUGAAUGAGGCAAAAGAGCUGGGGAAGUCAAUGGACUUGAAUGUGGUGAGGUUGAAGUUCACCGCCUACCUGCAGGAUAGCCAAGCCUGCUACACCCUCUCCCUGAAGCCGGUCUUCUCCUGCCUCAUCUUUGACAGCAAGUCGCCCCACGCCUCCAACCUGAAGAUCACACGCAUGGAUAAGACCUGCGGCUCUGUGCUCGGGGGUGAGGAGAUCUUCCUGCUCUGUGACAAGGUGCAGAAGGACGAUAUUGAGAUUCGUUUCUAUGAGGAGGAGGAAGAGGAUGCCUGGGAAGCCUUCGGAUGUUUCUCUCCCACUGACGUUCAUAAGCAGUACGCCAUCGUGUUUAAGACUCCCCGAUACCACAGCACGGAGAUUGAGCGCUCUGUCCAAGUCUUCCUGCAGCUGAGGAGGAAGAACGGGGGUGACUGCAGCGAACCCAAGCAGUUCACCUACGUGCCUCAGGUUCAUGAUAAGGACGAGGUGAUGCGCAAGAAGCUGAAGCCACUCCCUCACAUGUACGACCACUGGCGGGGGCCUCCUGGGGGUGCUAGCGGGCAGGGAAGAGGAGCAGGAGGCUUGGGGGGAGGAGGAGCAGGAGAUGAUAGGGGUUUCCAGUUCAACACACAGAUGGAUGGGGGAAGUUACUUUGGCCAGUUUGGAAGUGGAUUUGGUGGGGGUGGGGCUCAGAUGUCAGAAAUGCCCCCACCUCAGGAGUCCCUAGCCAAUCAGCAGCAGGCCAAUGGCACGCCACAGACACAGCAGCAGUUUCGCCAGAUCGCCACUGCGCUGCAGGGUCAGGCCAAUCAGACAGCCCAGCGGACGGCCGGGGCUCUGCUCAGCUACUGCCGCACCGGGGACGUGCGCCUCCUACUGGCCGUCCAGAGACACCUGUGCACAGUUCAGGACGAGAACGGAGACACGUCUCUGCAUCUAGCCAUAAUCCACCAGCAGCCAGCAGUGGUGGGUCAGGUGGUUCACACCCUCCUCCGCUUCCCCCAGCAGAGGGUCCUGGACACCCGUAACCACCUGGGCCAGUCUCCUCUGCACUUGGCGGUGGUAACAAGGCAGCACAAGGUGGUGGACUUCCUGCUGAGGGCAGGGGCGGACCCCACUCUGGUCGACCGCGAUGGCAGGUCGGUCGUGCACCUGGCGGCUGCCCUGGGGGAUGAGGUCACGCUCCGCAUCCUGCUGACCCGCCUGGGAGAGCGCCACGCCCACCUGUUCAACAUGGCCGACUACAGCGGACUUUUCCCUCUCCACUUGGCCGUGCGGAAAGGGGGCGAGCCUUGUCUGCGGGUGCUGGUGGAGGGAGGAGCCGAGAUCAACGCCGUCGAUUAUAAGAGCGGCUGCUCUGCCCUGCACUUCGCUGUGAAGGAGAACCUCCUCAAUGUGGCUUGUGUGCUCCUCACAAAGCUGAAGGCGGAUGUGAAUGCCCGCACGUUUGGGGGGAAUACUCCACUUCACCUGGCUGCCUGCCAGGGCUUGCCCACCCUCUGCUCCGUGCUCAUAGCCGCCGGAGCCCAAAAGAACCUGGAGAACGAUGAGCCACUCUUUCUCAGCUCUUCCUCGUCUUCCUCGUCUUCCUGUGAGGAAGAGGAUGAAGAUGCGGAGGGGGAGAAGGACACUUGCCCAUCUGCAGACCUUCACCCAGACUUAGAGCCAAGCGAUGGCCGCAGGAGGCUGGUGCAUGGACACACGCCCUUCGACCUGGCCAAGUCACAGAAGGUGAGAAAUAUGCUGGACUGCACACAGAUUCCCACCCCAAGAAGCCGCACCCAGACCCCAAAGAAAGAGGAGGAGGAUGUGCCCCUGAUGGACAGCGAGACCCUGGGUAAGCUCAGUGAGAUCCUGGGCCAGCAAGGCGUGUGCUGGAGACGGCUGGCGGAGAAACUGGGUCUGCGAACACUGGCCCACCUCUUCCAGCAGAGCCUCUCUCCCUGCAAGAGCCUGCUGGAGAACUAUAAGUUGGGUGGGGGUCGAGUGGAGGGUCUGGUGGAGGCACUGCAGUCACUCGGGCUGAAUGAAGGAGUGCAGCUCUUGAGACAGAGAGAGCUGAUAGACAAGAUACAAACAACAGACUCCACAGUGGACAGUGGCUUUGGCAGCCAGUCAAUAGAAGAACUGUCUGAAGGAAAAGGAGACGCACAUUUUGGCCAGGUCCUGACCAACGAGGCCCACCUUGCCUGACCGUCCCUUUUUCAUUUCAGCAAGAGAAGUAUCAGGCCCCAGCUCAGACAGCCCCCAGACGAGUUGGUCCUUUCCAAAGACCACGUGACAGUCCCUCACAGCCCCCCCACUCUCCCCUGCUGUGAGAACUCACAGUUCCUAGCAUGAGGGAGAGGGAUUGAGGAUUUUGCGUUGCCAUAGCAGUGAUUGCCGUAGAUACCAGAUGACAUUGUUAGGGUAUGGGCUGAGGUCUGUGACAUUUUCAGAGACAGAUACCGUGAAAGUGGACAGAUCCGUUUGAACUGGCAGCUUAUUUCUGAUAAGCGUCUCCAGCGUAAUUAGAAGCACAUAAAUGUUAACUUGGGUAGGCUGGGGGUGGGGUAUACAUUGCCAAAGAAAAUUGGGUAGUGGGGGCUGUGCUGGAAAUGGUAGAUAAACGUGAACAUAUACAAUAUCAAUAAGGUGUAGGAGGCAGUACUGUACAUCCUGUCUUAUUACAGAAAUAAAACCAGAAAAAGGAAAAAAAAUAAUAGCAUUGUUAAAUGUUUCUGCCAUGCAGGGUAGUAUUACAGGCUAGUUGUAGUAGUAAUAAUAGUAAUAAUAAUACAAAUAAUCAUUUGUUUUACAUUCCUGAAGUACCUUCUAAUGUGCAAUUGUUAGCAAGUGGAAAAAAAAGACAGAAUAGGCCAAAGAAAAAUGGCAAAACUUAGAAUAAAGAGGUAAAUACUGAAUUUCUGUAAUACUGUAAUUACUAGUGCUUAUUUUUUAGAAAAUACCGUAAGCAGCAUAUGAAGUGACAGCUGUUUUAGUCCAUUGAGUAGUUUUGUAUAUAUAUAUAUAUUUUUUUUGCCUAUGUUUUCUCUUCCACUUUAUAUCAGCUGUUUCUAGAUCUCUGUGCAUUACAUAGAGUUUGGGUAGUGAAUACAGUGAAGAAGUAUGUCUUGUUCCGGGCUUUCCUUGUGGCUCAUUGUGUUAAAAACUCAUGAGAUAAUAAUUGUCAGUUAUUAAUAAUUAUACUGUAAAUAAAGAACCAAAGGAAACAAA